AUGGCUAAAACGAAGUCAAAGUCAACACCAAGUCCUCCAAUUCCGUUAGCACCCGCACCGUCCCCGGUACCAAAAAGUGUCGUUGUAAAGCCGAAGUCUCCACCGUUAAUGUUACAUAAAAAGCCAAAUUCUGCAUCAAGCCCUCCCAAACCAAUCGUACCCUUGGCACCUCCACCACCCCCGAUACAGAAAACAGUCUCAAAAAGGCCAUAUUCAUCAAAAACCAAUAAGCCUGUCCCUUCAGCACCACAUGCCCCAACAGCUUCUGAACUAGCCAAAACAGAACAGAAGUCAAAACCAAGCCCACCUAGAUCCCAAAUUCCCUUAAUACCCCCACCUCCCCCAGUAACCAAAACCGCCAAUGUAAAUCCAAAGUUUGCGCUAAGCUCACUGAAAUCAAACAAACCUUUGCCAAUAGUAUCAUCAACGCCGUUAGUGUUAAAUAAAAAGACAAAUUCUGCUUCAAACCUUCAGAAACCAAUUAUACCCAUGACACCCCGAACACCCCCAAUACAGAAAACAGCCUCAGAAAAGCCAAGUUCUCUUAAAUCCAAUAAGAUUUUUGGGCCAAAGCCACCAACCUCUCCUAAACAAGAUUAUGCACAGAUUCCCCCAGACUUGAACAAGCCCGUGGUCCCUGGAAAUCGUACGGUGCCAAAGUCCCUUAUUACCAAAACCAAACCUGCCCCCCUUAAACCAUCCGUUCCGUUAGCACCCCCGCCACCAGCGAUUAAGUCUCCUAAAAGCCCCAAACCUGAUGUUCCUAUUGCCCCUCCUCCUCCACCUGUGUCCAAAAAAGGCAACACUAAAUCUAAACCACCAGUAGCAAAACCCUUGCCAAACAACAAAAAACACACUACGGAUGUUCUGAAGGGAAUGAGGGAUAAUGCGAUGUUAAAAGCAGCAGCAAACAAGUCUCCAGUCUUGGCGAACACACCCAAGACAUCUAAGAAACAAGAGAAAAUGACAGAUAUGAUUAAGGGUGUCCAGUUAAAGCCAGGGGCUAAAGAAAAACCUAAAACAGAUUUGUUAAAAUCUUCUCUACAGUCUCGUCGCCUACGUGUAAGUUCUUCGGGACAUAUACCAGAAGAGUCAUGGAAUGACUAA